CACGCCCACUGCCCAACAUAUGUCACACCACCCACCGCGCCAUCCUCGUCGUCCACAGCAUCGCGCACCCCUAGUCUCUUGAUUUUCCAGCCUCGAGCUCGCUGCAUCCGCUACUUUGCGUCAUCUCGAGCUUUCAUAUUGUGCCGCAGUGUGCCCAAUUUUAUUACGCCAUACACGACUUCCUCACUUUCCGCGCUUGUCUUCCUUGUCGUCUCCCAUCACCUAGGGCCCGUCGCCCGCCGCCUCUCCUCUCCCGUUCAUGGGAAUCAUCCUGUCAUUAUUCUUCCCCGCUUGUACAUGACCACAGAUAAUUCCGCCUCGAGCGCUUGUAGCUCGUCCUCCCGCUCAUCGACUUCUAGCACAGGAUAUCCUCGCUCCCCUGCUUCCACUGCGCCACCCUCUCCCUUUUCCGAAGCACCGUCGUCCCCAGGCCUUACCAACCCCUUCUUCGAGCAGCGGCAACAGCCUGAGAGAGCGCCGUACAAUCCUCAUGCCGUUGGAUUGGGCAUCAUUGCACCUCAGCCUAUCGUCGGGCCUUUCCCGACCAUCGGACGUCCUUCACUGUCCCAGGUUCAGUCGAGGUCGUCGCCGGCACUCCUGCGUCAGCGGAGACACUCCACCGGUCCUGCUCACCCAGACAGCCCAGGUGAAUAUUUCGUGCACGAACUUCAGUCGACAGAGGACAUGCAGCUGCUACCUCAGUCGCCCAGCAUGCCGGCGAUGCUAUCGCAGACCGCCGCGGACCUCGCAGACCCGCUGGGAAGCGUGUCGAGCACUUCGGGUGCUAGUACUCGGGGCGCCGGCCUCCAGAUCGCGAUCCCGCCACCCAUCCUCAGCAACUCGACGUCGACACCAUCUCCACCCCUGCUUCAGCCUCCGGCAGCUGACCUGCUACCGUCCAGAGCCGGCUCUAAUGCCCUCACUAUUGGCUCCGAGCAGGCGCAGCCAUUUGCGCAGGAGUCCGCUUCAUUCUUCAACCUGGAUGACGCGGCAUUUCCGACGGGCGCCGACGCUGUUCAGGCGGACGUCAACCUGGACUUCACCGAGUUCGACUCGGAAGGGCUCAAUGCCCUCGAGAAGAUUUACCUAUUCUCGCGGAGUCGGGCUGGCUUCCACCGCGUCUUCAUCGUACAUGCCUUGCCAAGGUACUUGGGCGCAGAAGACGUGGAAGGCGGGCAUUACCCAAGUCGUGAACAGGUCGAUCAAAUCGCCCCUGCGGACGCGGUAGAAUACGUGCUUCCGUUGCUCAACGGCCUCGCCCUUGACGAAGAUGAAACCGUCAAGGAGGCACUCGCUUCGGAGCUGAUCAGCAUCAUGUGGUGGUUCAUAACCCACUGUCAGGUCGUUGAGGAUGAGGGCAUCCCAAUGCUUGCAGAGGCAACUGGUGCCACGCCGCAGCCACGCGAGCAGCAAGCCCCGUCAAAUGAAGCAGACGUCAUAACAAUUUCCGUGCAGGCCUUCACCCCAAUUUUGGGGACGUUGCUUCUCAGCCAAAAUGCUCUUGUCGGCACGCCCGCCCGUAAUGCCGUCGUCGAACUGCUCAAGCGCAUUUGGCAUGCCGACGAACGCGAGGCCGGCCGACCUCCCCAUCCCCUGGCCGAGGACGAACAGCCACGACCUGACUUCGACGUGGGCCUUCUUCAGCAGCAUGAGCGGCGCCUCCUCGAGCGCGAGGUUGUCCACCAAGUUGUCAUUGGCAUGGGCCGUCUCGACUUGCCGGAUACAGACGAAGGGCCGCUCUCGACAAUCUCGACACCACGCAGCACCGGGGAACACCACCGUGACACUACGGAGUCGCAAAGUCUGGAGUACCCGAUUCAGACGCCACCUGGACCCGAUACCUCUACUGCGGGUUCGACACCGCUCGCUGUCCCCGCCGGAGCUGCUCAUGACUCGUAUUUCCCCGCAUUCGCACCCCAUAUUCACCCCACCGCGGCGCCAGCUUCCUCUCCGACUGGUCAGAUGGCACACAGUGCAGCCGAGGAGACGUCGAUGGAAGGCAUCAUCACGCCCCCCGCGUUCAAGCUGAACCUGCCGCCCCCUUCUCCCCGUAGGGAAGCGGCGGUUAACACGCCUGCCUGGGGUGUUUCUUCGCCUAUGCAAACCACUCCGACCGCCACUGUUCCCCAACCUUCUGUCGUUGACUCAGCACUAGCGUCCGCGGGUGUUCAAGUCACAACCCAGCCCUCCCCUGUGCUCUCGCCCUCCCCUCCAUUCGCGCCGACAGCAGUCGUUGCUGACAUUUCCUCUGGCUCGACUUCAUCGAACUCCAUCGAUUCGCAAAGCUCCACGCCUUCGCUGAUUUCUUCGUCGACAUCGUCGUCGAUCUCAACGGAUUCGUCGACAUCCUUGCUCACGCCCAGCAACAGCAGUUCUGCAUUGGCAAUCUCAGACUCCGCUAUAUCUGCGUCACCAGGCGAGAUGGAGCUUGAAUCGAGCGUAUCCGGCCCUUACUCCGAAACGACCAUCAGCGCGGAGAAGGACGUCGUCAUGACGCCUGUAAAGGUCGCAAGCCCUGCCCCGUACCGGCUAGACGUUGUUCAGGAGAACUCUGAAGGCGGAGAUUAUUUCUCGGCCGCCGCAGAAACGCCCAUCACUGGACCGCAAGAGAGCAGAGGAACACCGCUGUCUGCAUGGCUCAGCGCUGGCCUUCCCGAGGGCGAUGUGAGCAUGCAGGACGUCAGUCCCCAGGAGGUCGAGAUGGCUGGCGAGGAAGAGGGCGACAUCAGCGAAGAGGCUGCGAUGGGGAGACUGUCGAGUAUGAGCUUGAUGGCAGCUGUAACUGCGAGCGGUGGCUUGAAGGAGGAGACGCAGAACGCCUUCGUGACCGAGGUAGAACGUGUAGGACGCGACCCGGUUUACUGGGUCAGGCGCGAGGCCGCAUUUGCCGUCGGCGCGUUGGCCAAGGUUGUUCAGAAUGAACUUGUCACCUCGACCUUGCUCCCUCUAUUUGUGUCAUUGUACCAGGACCCAACUUGGCAUGUCCGACACUCGGUCCUGUUUGCGCUUCCGGCAAUCCUUUCCAAGCUGUCGCCGCAACGUCGUCGGUCUCUGGCGCUUGACGUCAUCUUACCACUCGCGUCAGACGAGUCUCCUACCGUCCGAUCGGCCGUUCUGGAAUCCCUUGGCGAAGUGAUCUACGCGUUCCACGGAGAUUCGGACGGCCCGCCUGGGGAGCUGCUCAAUAUCUUCCUGGGCAUCCGGGACGGUCACAUACCUCCAAAUCGCCGCGAGGACGACAGUCAACCGCCAUUGGCUCGCAUGCCAGGAUCCGGCCCAUCUUCGGAGUCAAGCUUCAGCGACAUUGCAGAGUCGCCAGAAGUCAUCAGCUCGCAUGACAUCUAUGAUGACCCCGCACGUCCUCUCGUAUGCGCCUUCAACUUCCCAGCCGUUGCUUUGACAUUGGGGAGGGAUCGCUGGCCGGAGCUGCGCCCGUUGUACCGUUCACUUGCGCGCAGCCCGUCCUACAAGGUCCGACGGACACUCGCCGCGUCCUUGGGCGAGAUUGCGAAGAUCGUCGGGCCCGCAUAUGCUCAAGAGGACGUCCUCGACGUAUGGUGGUCCAGUAUUGAUGCCGAGGAAACGGAGGUCCGUCUGAAGACUAUAGAGUGCGCGGCUACAUUUGUGCGUGCUUUGGGGCCGUCGGAACGGAGUGAAGUUGUGCGGAAACUCUUCGAAGCAUUCACAACACGACGGCUCAAAGGCUGGAGGGAACGAGAGGAGGUUGUCAAGAGCCUGCCGUCUCUUUUGGACAUCAGCGGUCUAGAUGAAGAGGUCCUCAAAGAUCUCUUGAUGCGCGCGCUUGGCGAUCACGUAUCCGCUAUCAGAGAGGCUGCAAUAGCGGUCUUCCCUGCGUUCGUUCACGCUUGGCGAGCAGUCCCUAAGGCGAACGAACUUCGCUCCAACAUCAGGGCACUCGCCCGCUCAGAUGCGUAUCGCGAGCGGACAACAUUCGUGAGAUGCGAGCAAUCCCUCUUCGAGUCGAACGAUAGAGACUUCGUCGUCCCAGAUGACGAAUACUGGGAAAUCCUAUCUGCGCUCACUCACGAUCCUAUUGUGGACGUGCGCAUCCGAGUGGCCCGCUUGCUUGGGACGAUUUUCGAUGUCUACGGCAAGGGACAAUCCGCGGUCAUGAGCCGGGUGCUCGGACUCACAGCACCUCUGCUAGAUGAUGCUUCUCAAGACGUCCGAGCAUUCGCGACUUCCGUUCACGCUGGAGGGGUGCGCCCACAGUCACUCGCGCCGAUCGAGGCUACUCGUACUGCAAUCACGUUCUCACGACCUCCACCGCCCACACCGAGCUGACAAUGAAAGUGCCCAUGUGGUGGAUAUUCAUCUACCAAAGCAAGUCACACCCUGCUUCCUCAAUGGAAAGCCAACCUGGGCAUGUCGUUGGGAAGGCGCACUACCGCUCCCCAGCCAUUCCCAGAGCCGGACGCGGAUGGAGGUGGUCACGAUCCACACGGCCUGCGACGGUGGACUGUUGGUGGGGAGUCCGAACUGUAGGGCGCUGCGUUCACUGCCCUUCUGGUUUCCUACACGAACGUGACGUCGAUGCAAC